AUGGUCGAAGAGAUAGAGGAGUAUCAAUUGCGCUCGGAAGCGAUUUUCUCGUAUACCUUUAAGAAUAUUGGUCCAAAUAAGAAAGAUCAACGAUCAGAGCCUUUCUAUGUCCGUAUGCUGCCAUGGAGAAUAUUGAUCGUACCCAAUAAUAGAGCAUUAGGCGUCUUUCUUCAAUGCAAUGCUGAUAGUCGUGAUACCUCCUGGUCAUGCUAUGCCAUCGCCAAAUUUAAUCUCGUAUGUUACAAGCCGAAUGCGAAACCAUUUACCCGCAACAAAAUAGAUCGAUUAUUCAAAUUUAAUAAAAAUGAUUUUGGUUAUUCGAAUUUUAUAACCUGGGUGCUACUGAACAAUCGGGACAACUGCUAUGUUCUCAAUGACAGCAUUACAAUCGAAGUGCAUGUUGUUGCCGAUGUUCCGCACGGAAUUCAAUGGGAUUCCAAGAAAGACACCGGCUACAAUGGCUUGAAGAAACGAGAAUGCACCAGAUACUUGAAUUCGGUGCUGCAGAUGUUGUAUUUUACAAACGCAUUCCGUUCGGCUGUUUAUCACAUGCAGACUGAUAUCGAUGAUGAAAGCAAACUUGUGGGCUUUCAACUACAGCGAAUCUUCCAUGAGCUGCAGUUGGGUGAUCGUCCCGUUAACACCAAGAAGAUAACACUUUUCGCUUGCUGCGAGAUUCUCGAUUCGUUUUUACCGUAUAUUGCGCAAGAAUUUUUGUGCAACCUACUCCACAAAUUGGAGUGGAGUAUGAAGGAGACCUGCCCGAAAAGCACAAUUCUAGGACUUUUUAAGGGCAAAAUGUCAUCGUACAUUAAAUUAGAGAAUAUCAAAUAUAUUCUAACACCCCACGAAACAUUCUACGAUAUUAAACUAAAUAUCAAAGGAAAGAAAAAUAUCUAUGACUCAUUUAAAGACUUUAUCGCAAUUAAAAAACUCGAUGGUACUAGCAAAUGCAAAUGUGAUGAAAUGUUUGGUGUUCGGUCAAACAAGGGUGUCAUAUUCACAUCUCUCCCUCCGGUGUUGCACAUACACUUGAAGCGUUUCCACCACGAUCCAAAUGGAAAUAACUUUAUCAUAGACCAGGAUCACUUCGAGUUCUAUGAGGAAAUCAAUCUCGAUGCUUUUUUGGCUGCUCGUGAAAAUACACCAGCCGAUUAUAUACUUCAUUCCGUACUUGUACACUCGGGCAAUUAUAAUGGCGCACAAUAUGUAGUCUUCAUAAAUCCAAAGGCUGAUGGACGUUGGUUUAAAUUUGCCGACGAUGUGGUCUCCAGUUGCCGUAAGGAAGAGGCCAUAGAUCGAAAUUAUGGCGGCACUAAUGGUAAGCACAAUAGCAUUGCCUAUAUGCUCGUCUAUAUACGUCAAUCGGAGCUGAAUCGUGUAUUGAGUGAUAUACCUGAAAAUGAGGUACUCAGCGAUCUGAUCGAGCGUCUCGGUCGCAGGGAGACCAAUCUCGAUGUACCCAUUCAUGUCAUGCUGGAAAAUUACUUUGAGUCGCAAGAAAUACGUCGUCUCAUUAAGCUGGAGAAGACAUUUAAGCAUCCUUCAAAGAACAAACCAAUUCAAGCCGUUAAGGAUAUGGACGAGAUGAAGGAGACGCCAUUAAAGCUGUCAAGUAAACGGAUGCGGAUGUGGUCCAUUGAACAGAUAUCUAAUGUUAAAAGGCCCAUCGAGAUGAUGCCACAAUCGGAUAAUAUUGCACAUAAAUAUAAUCAGGAGGAUGACGACCUGACAAAAUCGAUGUUACCAUUAAUUGAUUUUCACGAAUCUCGCUCCGAUCAGCAAAGUCACCGCAAGGAUAAUGAAUGUAUCUCAAGCAACUUGCCACCACAAGACUCUGCUGCUGCUCCUGUUGCAGCUGCCACUGUUGCAACUGCUGCUGCCACGCCCAGUGCUACCUCAUCUGGAUUCUCGACUAGCUCAAAUUGUAUUCCCAGCCAAGAUGAUGCCCUCUUUUUGCAACAUUUGGGCAAUAAGCUCGGGAGAUACUCUAUGAAUACCAAAAAUUCAGUACAGUUUCUUAUCAAUCACAUUCUCUAUCAAGCCGAUAUGGGUUGUUACGAUAACGCUGUUACGAAAGACUUGCUUAACUCAAACUAAAAAUUAUCUCGCUAUAUUUAGAAUCUAUCUAAAGGAUUAAUUUUAAUGCUUUUGCGAAAUUUUCGCACGAAUAUCGUUUCUAAAUAAAGUACAAUUUGUUGUUUUUUUGUAUCAAUUUUA